UCAUCAGCACGGUUGUCCACCAUGGGCACAGUGCUCAGCAUCAGUCCCAAAGAUCGCAAAUCCGUCUACCCGGCCAUGGCCAGCAGUGCCAGCGCGGCCGAGUUCACGCUCAGCAGCUUCACGUACGAGCAGUUGACCAAGCGCCGGCACGCCGACGUAAUGGCAGGCCGUAGUAUAUCCAUGAUGCUGCCGGCCAACAUUAAUAUCAACACCAUCAACAACAACAUCAUCAACAACAACAACAAUAUCAACAACAUCAACAACCUGGAGAACAAUUGCAAAUUGGCCACCGGUGGCGGUGGCGAGUCACAUCCGCAGAAAGGCACGUUGGAGAAGAGCUUGAAGAAACAUUCGGCUCUGAUCAAUGCGCUCAGCUGGAAGCGGUUCAGCACGUCGCAGAACAAGAAGAAACUGGACAACGGUGGCAGCGGCGUGACAACCGGCAGCACCAAGUCCAACAAGCAAUUGCUCACGUGCCGGCAACCGCUGGUGGACACCAACGCCAAUGUGGACUGCGGCAAGUCUAACAGUGUCCGAAGGUCGGCCACCACCACCGGGCUGGACGUGGCUAACAACAACAGCGGUGGUGUGGGCGGUCGCACCGACAAGCUCGUGCCUAGAGCCACGCUAGUACCGUCGCACACAUGCCACAGCCUGGUGCCCCGCAAGACCGUCAUACAGGCCAGCACGUCCGAGUUGCUCAAGUGCUUGGGCAUCUACUUGCACCACAAGUGCUACAAGCUCAACGAUUUUCAGGCCGGUGACGCGGUCAUGUGGUUGAGAACCGUAGACAGGAGCUUGCUCAUACAAGGAUGGCAGGACGUGCCGUUCAUAAACCCGGCGAACGUGGUGUUCGUGUACAUGCUGGUCCGAGAACUGGUGGACGAGCGGGUGGCCACGGAACCAGAACUGCAGGCGGUGGUGCUCACGUGCCUGUACCUGGCGUACUCGUACAUGGGCAACGAGAUAUCGUACCCGCUGAA